CCCACACAGCCACAUAAACACACCAGCCUCCCACAGGCCCCCAGCCCUGUCCUCCCCCCACACAGCCACAUAAACACACCAGCCUCCCCACAGGCCCCCAGCCCUGUCCUCCCCCCACACAGCCACAAGAACAACAGACCGAGGAGGAGGCAGGAACGGUCAAGAUGGAGGUGUUGACCCACGGCUGCCGAGGAGCCUAUCAGCUUCCACCGUCCGUCCCGCAGGUGGAGACUAAACCAGAGGUCGCAGAGAAGUCGAGUCCCGUCCAUUACCCAUCAUGCACCACGGCAAGCUCCGAGCGACCGGCCUUUAGACCCAGCCCCGACACACACGCAUCCUCUCCUCCCCCUCUCUCUCCCUGUCCUCCCUCUCCCUCCCCUCUAAACAUCGUCCCUGAUGACCCCAUGGCUGGUCUGAUGACGCUGUUGGCUGCCAGUCAGAUGCCCCAGGCUGCCCCCCCUGCCCUACCCACCCUGCCCCAGACAGAGGCCUCCUCGCUGGGGAGAGACGUGGCCAGUCCUGGGUGUCUGGAGGUCUGGGCUCUGGAGGGGAUGACUCUACUCAGCGACAUGGCCUCACUAGAGAUGGAUCGGAUACAGCUGGAGCAGGGUGAGGUGUUGUGUGGUCUUGACCGCCUGUUAGAGGCAGGUAGAAAGGUGUUGCUGGAGGCCAUUGAGAGCCAGUCUCACAUCAACCUCCCCAGACAACUACACCCCAGCAAGACCUACAGCUGGAGGAUGAGGACAGACCCACAAGAGCAGCUCUUCAGUAAGCUGUGUGUGGAGGUGUGUGAUGGAGGGGAGUCUCAGCAUCGGAUGAGAUUAGCGGAGCUACAGAGGCAGUACAAGGACAAACAGAGACAACUGGACCGGCUGCAGAGGCGCUCUGACACCCAAGAGGUUCAGCAGCAGGAGGAGGAGGCGGAGUCUAACCAGACGUGGGCGGGGCCGACCGAGGAAGAGGAAACGUGUAGCGACGCCCCUGGCAAGAUGGAGUCCCGGACAGGGAAGUAA